GGGGGGGAAAGGGGACACCAGCUCAUCCAGGCAGCCUUUCUCACCUGCCUGACAACGCCACUCGUCCCUUUCCAAGCACACAAUCGACAUCCUUCACGAGAAACCAUGGACCCGGAAGCAACAGAUCCCAACCUGCUCCUCCUCUCCCUAAACCUCUCGGACUCGGAGCCUGAAGAGGCCGCCGCUCCUGCUGUUAACGGCAAAACCGCCAAUAACAACAACAAUAACAGCAGCUCCCAAAUCACCGGCGAAUGCCAACCUACCCGGGCGGACCGCACUGCCCUCUCGGAAGCGGCCUUCCAGGCGCUGAAGCAGAGCUAUCGCCCCAAGGUCGAGAACGGCAAUAUCCACGAAACCAUCACCCUCCCCUCUCUCUGCUCAGCCUCACCAUCCCAAGUAACCACAUCCACCAGAACCGCUUCCGCUACCACCACCGCCACCACCGCCGCCGCCGCCGCCACCGCCGCGCCGCUGCCCAAGCCCGAUGCACAAGCGCUCCUCCACGCGGCCGAGGAGCUCUACUUCUUCCGGCGCUACGCCGAUGCCGCGGCAUUCCUGCGGCGCGUGCUCGGCGAGGAUGGAGAUGCGGGCCCGGAUGUAGACCCCGGUGCGGGCCCUGAUGCGGGUGCAGACGCCGAUGUGGGCCCCGACGCGGGCGCGGAUGAGGAUGAGGAUGCGGAUGCGGAUGAUGGCAAGGGUGGAAGUCGCCGCGGCGGCGGCUGCGGUGGCGGCAAGGAAGAACGCGGGAGUAGUAGUUCCCAGGGGGUGGGGGUGAUGGUGGACGACGAGACGAGGCGGCUGCUGCGGUAUUAUCUCGGGCGGUGCCUGGCUAGGUUGGAGGAGAAGGGGGAGGAGAGUUGUUCUGUAGAGAGAGGGGAAAACGGGAGUGGUAGCGGCGGCGGCGGCGGCGGCGGCGGCGGCGAUGGUGUGGUCACAAGUUAGGUAACUGGACUAGUGUUGGGGUGAGUUGGAUGGCUUGAUCCUGACUUCACGAUAGGCUUCACACCCAACAUCAGAUAAUUUAGUCGCGAGAGCGGGUGCGUGCGUGCAGUGCAGAGUGUGCUCU